GUUGCAGCACUGAGCUUCCAGGAAACGGUCGUCCUAAUGAGCAAUGGAGGAAAUCUAUAGCAAUGUUCCACAAUUGAAGCCUGUCAACCCAAAACCCUCAACAAAUCCGACAGGUCCGAGCUCUGAGAGGAGAUUUCAUGGAGUCGUUCUCAUUCUGGGCUUGCUGAGUGUUUUCCUGCUGGUUGGGCUCAUCAGCCUCGGUGUCCGCUACCGUGACUCAGUACGUGAUUCAGUCAACCUCACGGAGCAUCUCCAGGCCAGUGAUGAAGAGAGAGACCUGCUGAUUGCCAAUCUGACUAAAGUGACUAAAGAGCUGACCAGGCUUCAGCGUUUGUCCAAACAGAAGAAAACGUGUCCUGCAGGAUGGAGGGUGCUCGGUUGUUCCUGUUAUUUCCUCUCCGUUCAGUCUGGUUCCUGGGGAAAAGGCAGACAGGACUGCAGAGCCAGAGGAGCAGAUCUGGUGAUCAUAGACAGUCUUAAAGAACAGGAAUUCCUCACUAAAGACAUCGUCAAGCAAGAAAGCUGGAUUGGUUUGACCGACAGAAACAAUGAGAUGACCUGGAAAUGGAUUGAUGGAACUCCACUUACUCUGAAGUUCUGGCAAAAAGGGCAGCCGGAUAAGGGUAAUGGAAAUCCUAAGUGGGGUGAAGAGGACUGUGCAGUUAUCCAACCAGGGAUGAAAGCUGAUGAGAACUGGAAUGAUCUGCGGUGUGAUGCCUCUAGGCCAUGGAUCUGUGGAAAAGCUCUUUAGCAUAAAAUGAGUUUUGAAAUAAUACAUGUUUAAAUACUUUUUUUUACCAUGUACAUUAAGAUUGUGCAAAGGGCCUUUGCUUGUGUGACUGAAUGUGUGAC